UCAUGAAGUUCGUGGUGGUGCUCGUCGGCGCGGGCACGCUGGCCUUCCUCGGCGUGGUCAUCUGCAUCAUCGCCAGCGUUUACCCCCGGAAACGCGCCGCGCCUCUCGGCGAAAACGGCACCCUGACGCCGGAGCCGCUGCUGGAGCCGCUGGAGCCGGGCUCGGUGGCGCACGCCGGCCCGCUGGGCGCGCUGCACGGCGCGGAGUCGUACGACGGGGGGAACGGGCUCGGCGGCGGCGGCGGCGGCGGCAUUGGGCUGGAGGUCCCCACGCUCAACGAGCUCAACCUCGGAGAGGAGACCGGCGGAGGGACGGCGAAGCAGUUCAGCUUCAGCCGGCUGAUCUGCACGCCGGUGCCGGUGGGAGAGUGCCAGAGCAAAGAGCUGCGGCAGCAGCAGCAGCGGCGGCAGCAGGCGGACGAGCCGCUGUACGGGAACGCGGAUGAGGACCUCCGGACCACCGCGGAGGAGCUCCGGCAGACCGUCCUGCAGCAGAACAACCAGAUCCUCAUGGACCAGAGGACCAUCCGGGAGCUGACCGGGAAGCUGACCGAGUGUGAGAGCGGCCUGGAGGACGACCGGAGCGUCCCGGAGCGCAGCAUCGGCGUCUGGAGCGGCAACCGCCGCGUCAUGGCCGGGGACGAGGUCAGCUCGUCUGCCGCGGCGCAGCUGCAGACCGCCCGGGCCGUGGAGGAGCUGGCCAGGGCCAUCAUGGACCUGAAGGACCGCAUCGAGAAGCUCGAGGCUGAGAUCGGCCCUGCUGCCCUGAACCUCACCGACAGCUCGGCCAGCAGCAGCAGCAGCAGCAGCAGCAACAACAGCGGAGGCAGCAGCCCCACGGGGGGCAGCGUUAAGGCCCCGGCCCCGCCCCCCGGCGGCGCCGCCUCCCCCGGGACCCACCGCCGCCCCGCGGCCCCGGCCUCCCCCGCCCCCAGGCCCCCCGGCAAGGCCGGCGCCCCCGGAGGAAGGGGGAAGGGCACGUGGAGGGUGGAGGACCUGGAGGGCGAGCUGGAGAGGAAGAUCAAGAUGCUGGAGAAGGAGCGGCAGGCCAUGAGGAAGGAGACGCAGGGCCAGCACGAGAAGAUCAACCAGGGCAUCGACACCGUCACCCACCGCGUCUCCGAGCUGGAGCACACGCUGACAGAGCCGUCCUUCCCCGACGGCUUCGUCCUGUCCUUCCCCAUGCGGACCAACUACAUGUACGGCCUGGUCCGGAAAGAGAUCACCGAGAUGUACGCCUUCACCGCCUGCGUGUGGCUGAAGGCCAAGGAAGGCGGCAUCGGGACGCCCUUCUCCUACUCGGUCCCGGGGCAGCCCAACGAGCUGGUGCUGCUGCAGGGCGUGCACAACCCGGUGGAGCUGCUCAUCAACGACAAGGUGGCGCAGCUGCCUCUGUCCCUCCCACAGGACCAGUGGCAGCACAUCUGCGUCAGCUGGACGCUGAGGGACGGGGUGUGGAAGGCCUACCAGGGCGGCAAGAUGAAGGGGCGAGGGGAAGGACUGGCCGCCUGGCAUCCCAUCAAACCCGGGGGAGUGCUGAUCCUGGGGCAGGAGCAGGACACGCUGGGCGGACGCUUCGAUGCCUCUCAGGCCCUGGUCGGCGAGCUGUCCCAGUUCAACCUGUGGGACCGGGUGCUGAAGCCCCUAGAGGUGGCCGCCCUGGCCGAGUGCAGCUCGGCGGCGCUGGGCAACAUCGCGCCCUGGACCGACCACGACGUGGACGUCUACGGCGGCGCCACCAAGGAGUCUCUGGACCCCUGCCACGCCGCCCAGAGGUCCAGCCCCUCCGGCCCCAAGCAGUGAAGGCUGCCGGGCG